AUGAAUAAUAUUGCUGCUCGUAGAUUAUUAUUUACACGUUCUUAUUCGAGAAAUUGCUUAAAAUUCAACAUUUUCAAGAAUAAUGAAAUUCACAAGAUUAAUCAAAUCAAACAAAUAAAUCGAUCAUUAUCUUCAACUACUACAAUUUAUUAUAAAAAGAAUCAUCAUGAUUCUGUAUCUUCCGAUUCAUCGUCACACGAUCCAUUUUAUUUCGAUCCGGAGCCAUUAAGAAAAUUAGGUCCUAAGGACAAAGACCCUCAUAAAAUAGGUCCAACUCCAGAUAAAUCAUUAACCGAAGGUCAUACAGUCAGCAAAGCAAAAGAAUCUUUAGGUAUUAAACGUGAUAAUAAUAAUAUAAUUGAUAAAGUAAAAAAUACUGUUGAUCGUGUGACUACACCUGAUUAUGAUGUACAAGCAGCGGCGGCAGCUAGUAGUCUUAAAGAACGUGCUGAUUAUUUAAAAUCUCAGCGAACCGAACAAACAUCAAAUGUUCAAGAUAAAGAAACCCUUAGUGACAAAACAAAAGGAACGGUUUCUAAUUUACAAGAUAAAACCGGUGAUUUAAAAGAUCGGGCAAAAGAAGCUGUCGGCGGUUCUUACGAAAAAGUAAAGGAGAUUGCCGAUGAUGUAAAAAACAAAGGCGAAAAGGCUGCCGAAGGAGUCAAAGACAAAAGUCAAGAAAUUGCUGAAGGUGUAAAAGACAAAAGCAAAGGGUCCACCAGCAAUUUAAUAGAUAAAACUAUAGAAAUUACUGCAAAAGGAAAAGAGACUACUAACAAUUUAAUAGACAAAGUUAAAGAAGCCGCAGAAGGUGUAAAAGACAAAGGCAUAGAAAUUGCUUCGAAAGGCAAAGAAGUUGCUAGUAAUUUAAUAGAGAAAGCUAAAGAAAGUGUCGAGGGAAUAAAAGAAAAAAGUAUAGAAACUGUUAGUAAUUUACAAAAUAAAGCUGAAGGUGUUAAAGAAAAAAGCAUAGAAACUGCUAGCGAUUUGCAAGAUAAAGCUGAAGGUGUAAAAGAAAAAAGUAAAGAAACAGCCGGCAAUUUGCAAGAUAAAGUUAAAGAAAAUGUCGAGGGUGUAAAAAAAAAAAGCAUAGAAACUGCUAGCGAUUUGCAAGAUAAAGUUGAAGGUGUUAAAGAAAACAGCAAAGAAACCGCCAGCAAUUUUCAAGAUAAAGGUAAAGAAACUGUUGAGGGUGUAAAAGAGAAAAGCAAAGAAGGUGCUAGCAAUUUGCAAGUUAAAGCUGAAGGUGUAAAAGAAAAAAGUAAAGAAACAGCCAGCAGCUUGCAAGAUAAAGCCAAAGAAAUUGCCGAGGGUGUAAAAGAAAAAAGCAAAGAAAUGGCCAGUAAUUUACAAGAUAUGGGAAAUGAUAAUAUGAAAGAUUCAGGGAAUGCGGAUAUAGAAAACUCGCGUGGAAAAAAUCUAACUCCAAAAAAUGCUCAAGGGAAUACUGAUGUUUUGGAAAACACUGAUCAUAAACGAGAUGGUUUAAAUGCUAAUAUUGGAAUGAACGAACAAAUUGGAAAUUGGGACACGAAUGAUAGAAAAGAAGACAAAAGAUCUGCUAGUGAAAAUCCAUCAAGAUCAUCAGAUCCCAAUUUAGCAAACCUCAAAGGAAUUGAUCGUUAUCCACAUGGCCCAAUUAAAGAAAUCACACAGGCCGUCCAAGAUGUUUGGAAAAGUGCCACACAAAAUUCAGUAAAGAAGGAUUGA